AUGCGUCGUUACAUAUGGCAACAUGCACGUGAUGCCAUUCAUCGAAUUACUCGUCCACGCGUGAUUUUGCCAGCGACAGCCAUUGCCGGGUUGGCAGGAGGUUUUGUUUAUUAUAUGCGACAUGACAUUGAAUACAUUGGUAUUGCACAAGGCGCACACAAGCAUGUACCCACAUUGGCCCUUCAUCCAGUGACGGGUGGCACAAAGAACCUUCCGAUUGUCACUCAUCAACUUGAUGAUGAUCAACCUGAGACGAUGCAAAAGUUGAACAAGCCGCGUUUGGUGAUUCUCGGUGGAGGUUGGGGUGCUGUAUCAACGAUCAAGAACCUCAACAAAGAUGAUUACAACGUGACGCUGAUCAGUGACAACAAUUACUUUUUGUUCACUCCCCUGCUACCAAGUGCCACAGUGGGCACACUUGAAAUGAGAUCCUUGCUUGAACCUUUGCGUAAAAUUGUUGCACGUGUACAUGGUCAUUUCCUUGAAGGUCGUGCUGUUGACGUCGAUUUGGAGCAUAAGCUGGUAGAAGUAACAAGUCAAGAUGGCAAGGAAAACUUUUAUGUGCCAUACGACAAGCUUGUUAUUGCUGUGGGAUCAACCAGCAUCACACAUGGUGUUCAAGGGCUCGAGAAUACCUUCCGCUUAAAGACAAUCCAAGAUGCCAUUUCUGUAAGACGCAGGAUCACCAAGAAUGUUGAAAAGGCCGCAUUACCAUCCACUCCUCCAGAAGAACGAGAACGGUUGCUAAGUUUUGUUGUUUGUGGUGGUGGCCCCACAGGCGUUGAAUUUGCCGCUGAAUUGUAUGAUUGGAUGAAUGAGGAUCUUGUCAAAUGGUUCCCCAAGAUCUUGAGAGAAGAUAUCAAGGUUACCAUCAUCCAAUCACGGGAUCAUAUUCUCAACACAUUUGAUGUCAAGAUCAGUGAAUACGCUCAACGACGAUUUGAACGCAGCGGUAUUCGCGUUGUUACUGAUGCACGUGUGGAACGCAUUGACGAAGACAAGGUCGUGUACCGAUACAAGAAUACGGAUCCACCGGUCUAUAGAGAAGUGCCGUAUGGAUUGUGCAUGUGGUCUACUGGUAUUGCCAUGACCCCCUUUGUGAAAAACCUUGCUGAGAAGCUUGGUAUUCAACAACACACUCGUGCUUUGCAAACCGAUUGCUUUUGUCGUGUGCAAGGUGUGGAAGAUGCAUCCGUAUUUGCUAUCGGAGAUUGUGCCACUGUCGAGAAUCCAAAGAUUAGGGAGCACAUUGUGGAGAUCUUUGAGACAGCAGACAAGAACAAAGAUGGUGUACUACAAUUUGACGAAUUCGCUGAUGCCAUCGCUUUCAUGCGAAAGGAAUAUCCAUUCUCAAGACAGCAUAUUGGUGAACUUGUCAAGAUGUUUGAGACCUAUGAUGUUGAUAAAAGUGGCACCCUUGAUAUUGAGGAAAUGAAACAAAUGCUGCUCGACAUUGACAAAAAGAUGACUCAUUAUCCUGCUACGGCACAAUUAGCGAACCAGCAAGGCGCCUAUAUCGGCAAGCUCCUUACACAACUCGUCAAGGGCGAUGAGGAUAUCGAUGAAACCGUUGGACCAUUCCGGUAUCGUAAUCUUGGUGCUUUGGCAUACCUUGGCAAUACCGCUGUAGGCGAGUUUGGAUGGGGAUACAAGAUGGUGGGUGGAUUAUGGGCCAUGUAUCUAUGGCGAAGCGUGUAUUGGAGCAAGCAAGUUAGCAUGCGUACGAGGUUGAAUCUGAGUAUGGAUUGGUCGAAAGCAGCACUAUUUGGCCGAGACAUUUCCACAGUAUAG